CACGGACAUUGUUCCCUCCCACUUUUUUAGAGUUAUAUUGAGGUGAAUCGUCUUAUAAUGACAUCUAUUAAGUGUCGUCUUUAGUGCGUUAACAGGAAAAUGCAGAUCAUUUUCUAUUUUCUGUUGCUGCUCAUCGUGAAGUAUCACACAUUAGGUCUGAACUUUGAGACAAAGACUGCUGCUGUUGGAGAAGAUGUGACGUUGAAGUGUGACCGUCAGACGUCGGAGACUCACACAAUAUUUUGGAUUAGACUAAUUUCUGGAAACAUGCCUGAAGUCUUGGGAGGAACGUUUAACUUUGACUAUGAUAAAGUUAUUCAGAAUCCUCACUUUACUCUUAAACAAGAGCCUGGAGUUUUUCUUCUGCAUAUUAAGGAAACAGGAUUCAAUGAUACUGGAGUUUACUACUGCUUAAGUGUAGCUGACCCUUUUACCAUGAAGUUUUUAAAAGGAACUUUCCUCAGUAUUAAAGAACCAGGUGACGAUAUCACUGCAGUCGAUCAAGUUCCUCCAUCUCAUCCCGUCAAUCCAGGAGACCCAGUGACACUGCAGUGUUCAGUCCUGUCCGACAGCACUGAGAGCCAAACGUGUCCAGAAUAUCACAGAGUGCACUGGUUCAGAGCUGACUCCGAUGGGUCUAAUCCCAGAUUAAUUUCCACUCAUGGAGACGGCAGACAUAAAUGUGAAAAUGGCAAUGAAGCUCUCUCUCCCCCAAAAUGUGUCUACAACUUCUGUAAGAAUGUCAACUCCUCUGAUGCUGGGAUUUACUACUGUGCUGUUUCCACAUGUGCACAGAUUUUAUUUGGACGUGGAACAAAACUGGACGAUGAAGCACCGUGUGCAUCUCCAACCCUGCUCCUGUUAUGUGCUACACUGACUUUGAGUCUGAUUGUUAUUGCAUUCCUCAUUUAUUUCAUCAAGAUGAAAAGCUGUGAUUGUUGCAAAGAGACCGUAGCUGUCGGCAGAAACCAGCAAACUCAGAAGAGAGAUGAGAACUAUUUGGUUUAUUCUGCGCCGACCUUCACGAGGAGGAACGCUGGCAAAGCAGAGAGAGGGAAUGGAAACGCAGCAGAAGAAGAGACGGUCUACAGUAAAGUCAGGGCUUCUCCAAGACAGUAAUUCAAACUGUUUUGUGUGUGUGUAUACAGUAUAUGAGGACAACUUGCUAAGGUCAUUAUAGACAGACAUCAAGGUUGUUGAUGAACAGCAGUGGUGAUGGACGUCUCCAUCUCAAGCAACAGGAACAUCAAGAAGAAGUGACACGAGGAGCUUGAGAAAUAGGCUGAAGGCCUGAAAGAGGAGUUGAUGGGGACGUUGUGGGGGAGUAAAGGCAACUGUGGUCCAAUGAUGAUGGGAGCACGAGAGGCUGUAACCCCCAAACUAAAUAGAAAUAAAACCCAAAUAAAUCAGUAAAGGCUGUGCAAACCUGUGUAUAUUUGUUUCUCUUCUUAUGCUUUAAUAUAAAUAUUCACUGUUGGCCUCAAGUCAGUGACUGUAUUUUUAUUUGG